AUGAACCUGAAGAAUGUAGCAACUGGUAGUAGAAAAUUUGGUGAAGGAGGUGUGUCCAGUGAUCAUAUGAGGGCCAAACUAGAAAUGAUGGCAGCAGUCAUUAGCUCCAAACAUGAAACUGCUCCAAUCUUGUAUAGUAGGAGUGGGGAAAUUGAUUUUGCCAAAGGGAUGGGUGGGUGAAGAGUGUAGAGACAGCCAUACAAAUGCAUAAUAUAGCAUAGGAAACUGGUUUAAACUUUUUCGGAUAGUUGUCAGUGUAGCUCAGUAUUGUGUAGAGUAGACGGACUGAGAGCAGUUCUGCAGACAAGGGUCUUUCCCAGGGCUUCAGACAAGGGUCUUUCUCAGUUUACCUGGAGAUAGCUGGGGUUGAAUCUGGGGCUUUCUUUAUACAAAGCAGAUGCUCUAUCUUCUCAGCUUUCUGGAAUCCACUUUCACCUUGCUGUUUUUAUUUUCAGCUGAGGUCCAAUACUAGAAGUGGGCUUGGCUGUUCGAAUAUAGGUGAAGGACAAGGAUUAGGAAAGGGAAUAAGUGGUGAGAACCAGGGGGGUUUAGCACUUGCCAACCCCCCCUCCCCACACCUUCUGCUGUUAAAACAAGGCACCCACACACACUUUUUUCUGUGAUUGAGGUGGUUCUAUGUUUUGUCAGGUAAAGCUGCAAUUUAUUUAUUUAUUUAUUUAUUUAUUUAUUUUGUAGGUUUUUAUCUUGCCCAGAGCAACCCAAAGCAACAUACAACUAACCAACCAGGCAGACAAUAAACCCCACACAGAUACAUUAAAAUCAAGAGGAAAAAGAAAUUCAAAGCUAGGCAGUGGGCCCUGCCAGGCACUGGCUGCUUUUUUGGUGAGUUUAUAACUUUAUUCUAACAAGACCCCCGCCCCAGACCUCAGACAAGGUCUGCAUGGACCUAGCUCCCCUCACCAAAGCCCAUUUGUGGGGUUCCAACAACAUAUUUUGUCCAAACAUUGAUUUUGACCUCCCCGCUCCAACCAGGAGGUUUGGUGGGCUCAGGAGUGGGGAAACAAGCAGGAGGGGUAAGGGUUGUACUUGACCACCCCUCCGCCUUCUACUUUCUUGGUCUAAUGAUCCUCUUCUGAAUCUGCUUUUUCUUCGAACGGCUGUCAGGAUUUUGUUAUACCCGUUUGCGUGCAAUGUUUUGUUUGGCUCUGAGUCAGACUUCAUUCUGUCUGGGAAUCACAAUGGACACUUUGUUCUGUCAGUUAUGUACAAGGGAGGAGGAUUAAUGGCAUCUUCCCCCUUGUAAUAGGGCGAUGAGAGGCAAAGGAGGGCACAGCUUCUGCACCAGUAACAGCUGUAUAGAAAAGCGAAUUUUAACUGGUGUCACUUUACUCACUCCUGCAUCAUUGUUAUCCCAUCAUUCACCCAAUGAUCGCAGGACAGUUCAUAGUCUGACCCCAUUUUACUUGCAUUACAACCUUGCAAGAAGGGCUAGGCUAAGAAAGAGUAACAGGCCAGGAUCAUGCAAUCAACUUCUUGGAUGUGCAGGGAUUUUGACCUGGAUCUCCCUGAUCCUAACUUCCAGAUCCUAACCCUGGCCUAUGGUGAGGAUUUGUGGGAACUGUAGUCCAAUAAUAACUUUUGUUGUUGUUGUUUAGUCGUGUCCAACUCUUCAUGACCCCAUGGACCAGAGCACGCCAGGCACUCCUGUCUUCCACUGCCUCCCGCAGUUUGGUCAAACUCAUGCUGGUCCAAUAACAACUAGAAGGCCACAAAUUCCCAAUCCCUACUUGAGAUUCUGCCUCUGUGCCAGUAUAGGGCAUACUGACUCUAAUGAUAAGCUGCAUCUGCCAAAAUUCCCUCUUUGGUUGUCAGCUUGUGAGUGGGGGUGGCGGGGUCCCAUACCAUUGGACUUGGGUUUAGCAGGCAACUAUUUAAGGUUUGCAAGUCUUUGUUAACAGAGGGCUUUUUCUCCCUUCAGCUAUACCUGAAGAGAGACACCCAUGGCCGCUCCAGUGGCCUUCCUGGAGACUAAAGCUCCCAGGGCAUACUUAAACUUCUUACUGAGAGCAAUAUACUGCAUGCACUGAACUACUGCCUGACCCUGUUUCAUCCUCCCACAGUUACCGGUAGUUUACUUGGCUACUUGUAAUCUUGGCUCCUAUUUGCCUUUUGUGCUGGUAAAUCAGACAGUCUUCUUGGCACUGCACCUUGGCUCUAAUUCCCUUUUGUGUUCGUUGCCUCCAUUGGGUUGAAUUCAAGGUUAUGAGUCUUUAUUAAUUUUCAUGCUUUGUUGAAUGUUUAGCUUAUUGCUGGUGCCAUUCACUGCCUUAUGUGCUGAAAACAUCGGAAUAUAAAUAGUUUGUGGUACUACGAUGCCCUAUUGAUUAUGCAUUAGUCAUCUUUUGUCCCCUUUGCAGAAGACUAAACCAUGCUUUGGUUGUUUUAUGGAAAGACUAAAUUUCCAUAAUGAUGAGGCAGCAUGUAAAGAAUGAGCAGAGGAUAAGAAGCUGCUAUUAACUGCCUACGAAUGGGAACUGGGAAUGAAUGAAUCUGUUAAUUUCAGUUCCUCUCCAUUUCUCAUUUCCCCAAAGUUCAAUUCUCCACAUUUCCAAACCAGCUUGCAAAUUAUUUUAUUAAAAAAUCCUCAUGAAAAUUCACCAGUAUUUUAGUACAUCCCCCCCUAAUUUGUUAUAUUUUAUAUAAUUUAUAAAAUAAUGCAUUUUGUAUAUUAUUUUCAGUAAUGUAAUAAACAUCUUUAUGGAUACUUUACCUUAGGAUAUGCAUUUCUGUAGACAUUACAUAGCUGGAGAAUUGUAUUGAAAAAAUUGGAGAAAUUCUGAAGAAUGGCUAUAUUAUAAUUCUCUUAUUGUUUCAGAAAGUGUGAAUUAGAAAACUUCACCUUUAAAGAGAACUGCAUUGAAUUUCUCCCCCAUCCCUUAAAAGUAAGAUGUUUAAUAUAGCAUGUUCUUUCAGUAUAUUCACUGUGAUUCUUUCCAAACUAAACACAUGAAACCUUUCUUGGAAUAUGAUUGGUUAACUGUUUUUGCCAGGGCAAGAUAUAUAUGGCUCAAGGAGUAGUGACCCUUCCAAAUGGAGACCUACUUCUAUCAUGGGCUAAGCAAAUUCAGCUGCUUAGGCCCUUACUAUAGCCUCAGAGACCUUUGUCACUGCUGCCUGACAAUGGCCAACUGCUAUCAUCAUGGGAUGAGUGAGAUCCAGCUGUUCAGCCCCAGCCCCACAGUCUAUAAAAACUGCAAAAUUGGUGAUCAUGCACAAAACAUAUACACAACCUUGAUGGAGAAACUAUUGUCCAGACUGUUUUUAGUGUGGUGUAGCCAGUGUGGUGUAGUGGUUAAGAGCGGUAGUCUCGUAAUCUGGGGAACCGGGUUCGUGUCUCCGCUCCUCCACAUGCAGCUGCUGGGUGACCUUGGGCCAGUCAUACUUCUUUGAAGUCUCUCAGCCUCACUCACCUCACAGAGUGUUUGUUGUGGGGGAGGAAGGGAAAGGAGAAUGUUAGCCUCUUUGAGACUCCUUAAAGGGAGUGAAAGGCGGGAUAUCAAGUCCAAACUCUUCUUCUCUUCUUCUUAUGUUUGUGUUGAGGUCAGUGGCGUAGCGUGGGUUGUCAGCACCCGGGGCAAGGCAAGUAAUUUGCGCCCCCUAACCCAGUAGGGGGAGAGAGCUGUGAGUGCGAGCGCCCCCCUCCCAGAUGUUGCGCCUGGUGCGGCCGGCCCCCCCUGCACCCCCACGCUACGCCACUGGUUGAGGUGAGGGAUGUGUGCUAUGAUUGUCAUAUGGAAGCACUCUGUGUGAAAGUGUGGCCGUUGUGGUGCACAAAGCAGUUUCCAUGUGGAUCUCUUGUAUUUCAUGGAGUUUCCAUGUAAGUGCUAGAUUUUCCUGCUGGUGGUGCCCAUGCCUGGUAAAGAGGCUGAGUAUUUGCAAUUGAGGAAGGGUAGCCAAAUCACCAAAAACAAAGAAAUGCAUGAUCUGAAAGAGGGCCAACAUUAGCAUGAAAUUUGCUCAUUCAUAUGUAUAGAUGUGCAUUUAGAAAUGAUUGCUAUGAUUUAAACAGAAAUACAGUACAUCUCACUACAGUGGGGUAGACUGUGACCAGGUGACCUGGGCACCUGCCCAGUCUGCUAUCCAGCUGCUAACUGUUAAGGGGCAGCUUUAGGGCCCCCUUUGCUCUCCCUUCUUUAAACUGGACUGGGACUCGACAACCUGUCAAUAUGACGGUCUGUAAAAUGGGACACAUGGUCACCCUAAAUUUGGGAUUGGUGUCCAAUGGUGGGCUGCAGCAAAUCCCUCGUGUAGGUAUAGCACAGCAUCACUGAAUCAUAUCUCAUGCUGUCAAGGAACCUGAAAGGCCAUCAGGGAAGGCUCUGUAAGGCAAGUCCCUUCAACAACCCUCCUGCAUAGAAUGUUCUUUGCCAUUGUCCCAGCAUCACACAGCGCAAUAGUUAAAUCAUUUAUUGCCUUAGCCAGGCACCCUUGAGCCUCUGAUGGUUUCCAUGGCAAUAGCUCUUAUGCGGAGAAGCAGGCCAGCCUAGUAAUAAGCAUCCUGGGGUAGGAGAAAAGGAUUUAGUGUACCCAAGUUAGAGUGUCACUAUGGGGGCAAUAAUAGGAUUGCAGGCUGCCGCUUCCAGUUCUGUUUUUAUCUCUUCAUAAUAAACUAAAGUGUAAUGGAGGGCUGGGGGCAGUGGGAAAGAAAAGAGAUGUAUUUCCGAUGUUUAAUACCCUGCUGACUAACCCAAGGGAUUCAUGCAUUGGUUUCCAAAUACAAAUAAUAAUAUAUCUAAAACGAAAACAUGAAAAUGAAACAAUAAUAACACACACAUACAAAAGAGACCCCAACAAGCAACAGCAAAAAUUGGCUCAAUCUCACCAUAUGCAGUAGCUUUUCUGACAAAGAACAACAACAUAUGGGGCACAAUUUCUGAAAGAUAAAAGGGAGUCAGCCAAAUGGACCUCCCUAUGUAGGGAGUUGCACAGCAAAGACACCACCACUGAGAAGUCCCUGCUCCAUAUAGCUUCUUGCCAAACUUUGAGUGGCAAGGGUCCUCCAAGCAAAGACUCCCUUGGUAAUCUAAAGGCAGUGGCGGAGGGGGAGGGGCAUAGAGAAUGAGGCUCUUCUUUGGCUACAAUGCACCCAGAUGAUUUGGAGCUUCAAGGAUCAAAACCAGUACUUUCAGUUUGGCUACAACACUAACUACUAGCUGUUGCAAUACCUUACGGCAAGGGGGGCUAACCUGUGACCCUCCAGAUUUUUAGGAGACUCCAAACAGCAGCAUUGGGUGGCCAAUUCAUUAUGCCUCACAGUAGGACUGGUACUAGCUUCGGGGUUUUUGUCUUCGUCCUGCCCAUUACAGUCAUACCUCUAGUUGCGUUAGGUUCAUGUUGCGGAUUUUCGGGUUGUGAACGCGGCAAACUCGGAAGUGUAUACCUCCGGGUUUCGCCGCAUGCUCAGAAGCGUUCUGCGCACUUCACGCAUGUGCAGGAGUGCUCUAUUGUGUCACACGCAGAAGCGGCGCUCUACUUAUGGAUUUUUCAGGUUGUGAACGGCACCCCAGAACGGAUCACGUCCAUAAGUAGAGGUACCACUGUACAAAGUUGAGAUUUUAUUAAAUUGUAAGGAAAAGGAAACAUAUAAUUUUGUGUAAUCUGCCCUCCCUGCUGGUGACACAAAAUUCCAUAUCUUCUUACAACUCUUCCUGUGGUCUCAUGUCGACUGCAUGGCAGACAAGAUGGAAUGUUGCAGGAUACGUCCCAUGCAGGGUAGCAGCAAUCCCCAGCACACUUGCUAGAACCUGCCUGGUGGAUAGGAGUGGAAUCACUAUAACACAGUGUCUCCAGUCCCAACAGACAGGCUACAAUCAGUGGUACCAAAUACUGCUGGGAUGUUCAAGCGUUUUUAAAAGGUGACAAUUGUCUCUUAGUUUGACCAAUGCAGUUUAGGUUCCCAAAGCAUGUCCUGAAGUCAGAAUUGGAUGGAUCCAAAUCAGGGGUCAACAACCUAAGGCCCAUGGGCCAGAAGCGGCCUGUGGAGGUCGUUUGACCGGCCCACGAGCCACCCCCAAACUGAGCUGGCCACUCGUGUGCAGCGCUAAACUGGUGCAGCAUGGCACAGAGACUCACUUCCGUGGUGCUGAAAAUUGCGCACGUGCAGAUGCUGAAAAUCACGGGCGCUUGUGCCCACAAUCUGGCCCACAGAGGAAUCUCCGCAGGACAGGGACAGCCCAGGCAAGAUAAACCUUGCUGACCCCUGAUCUAGAUGAAGACUGGGAAACCUUGGGGCCAGGGACCAAACAUUUUUAAGCCACUCGCCAUUUCUAAAGCCUUUUUUGACUGGUCGUCCAUGUUUUCAACCAACAUUUUAGUCUUCUCUGUGUUUAUUUUAAAGCCUGCCACUUCUCCAAACCUUUUAAUUUCUUCUAGUGCCUUAGGAACACUUACUAUAGGUUGUUCCAAAGCUCAACAACUUUUCUGUCUGGAUUUUCACUGUUUGAAAUAUGGCAACCCUAGCUUAUGUGCAUGCUUAUUAAUACAUACAGGCAUUGAUGCGGGUUUGGGUAUAUUUUUGUGUUUAUAUUUGUUUCUGUGUGAAUUCCAGCCCUUGUUCUCUCAACAUCAGUUUAGUAUUCCUUUGACCCCAAGUCUUUACAAAGAUGCUUAGCCACUUACGAAUGGCAAAUAGGACCAGAGGUUUCUGUUAGGGCAGCAUAAUGCAACACUUGGCCCUUAAGAAGUUAUUUACAGACUAUACAUCUAUUUAGGGUCCCAUCCUCCAUCUUCCACUCUACUACUUCUCAGCAGCACCACACUAGAGCUGUUAAGCACAUGACCUCAUAAACACUAAUUAGGUUUGGACUCUACAGAACCAAAGAAUCCUAGACUCACUUCCCUGGGAGUAAGGUAAAGGUAAAGGUACCCCUGCCCGUACAGGCCAGUCGUGUCCGACUCUAGGGUUGUGCGCCCAUCUCACUUAAGAGGCCGGGGGCCAGCGCUAUCCGGAGACACUUCCGGGUUACGUGGCCAGCAUGACGAAGCUGCUCUGGCGAGCCAGCACCAGCGCAGCACACGGAAACGCCGUUUACCUUCCCGCUAUAAAGCGGUACCUACCGUAUUUAUCUACUUGCACAUAGGGGUGCUUUCGAACUGCUAGGUGGGCAGGAGCUGGGACCGAACGACGGGAGCUCACCCCGUCGCGGGGAUUUGAACCGCCGACCAUGCGAUCGGCAAGCCCUAGGCACUGAGGUUUUACCCUUCCCUGGGAGUAGGUAAACCCUAAUGAACUCAUUGGGACUUGCUUCUAAAUGGCCAUGCAUAGGAUUGUAGUUGUAAAUAAGCAGUUGCUUAAAACUGCUUGCACUGUGAAUGCAAAGCCAGCGCUUGCCAGAAUAUAUCUUACUUUUUGUUUUCUAUCCUCUAUUAACAGCAUUCACUUUUACUGUUAAUGUGUGAAAGCUUAUCAGCCAUCAGCCUGGGAGGAGAGACUGAAUGAAAUGAAGAUGAUGUAGAUAGUGGGAGUAGCUAACCAGUGAGUGCUGUGUGUGUGUCUGUCUCAUUGCUGCCUUAGGGUACCAUCAGCAGCUGCUGCAAACAUAAGCAAGUCUGGCCCAGCAGCAGACAGACUGGAUAGUUACCAAACCUCCAGCAGCUCAGCAGAGGUACUUAAGUUCACAGCUUUUCAUCAGAAUCCCCAGAAAGCUGCCCGCUAGUGUUGAAUCCCUGUUUAUUGAAUCAUACUGCUUGGAGCGGCUCUUCUUGCAGAUAUAACAACUGCAAUGAUAUACUAGCAGCAGUUCCUCAGUUUCUCCAGGGGCAACAGAUUCCUCCUCCCCCGCCACUGCAGCCAGGGUGCCAUUCAAGCAUGAUCAAGCUCUAACCAGCUCUCAGUGGAAUUUUUUAUAGAUUUUGCAUCUGUUAAAUGGUCUGUGCAAGACCAUUCCUCCCCUUCUUUUUCAUCUGAAUGCUGACUUCCUCUCUUGGCUACUCAAGCAUCUAUAAAUCUUCCCAGCAUCUCCAGCUCAUCACUGACGCUUCUUUGGAUAGGUCCCAGUAGGUGUUUAAAUGGGAUUCAAAUAGACAAUUAUAGGAUGUUAGGCAAGGCCAAGGGAAGAGUGGGGAUAUGCCAACCAUAUGGCAAUGAAAAUGAGAUUCCUUUUUUAGGACUCCCAAAUUCACUUCCACUUAUUAAUGCUGGUUUAUCUGGAGCCCCUUAUAUGUUCAUAUGGGGAAAGGAUACAGAUUUCCAGACUCCAUAUUCUCUCCCUUGCCAGGAGAAAUGUUAGGUAGUAUUGGAUCAGAUGAUGAGUUGACCUAAACCUGAUGCUAUACAUAUCCUUGCAUAUAGAGCAAUUAUGCCAACUAUAUUGAGGCAAGGAUGUCUGUGCAGUAGUAAGUUCUAUAAAAUUUAAUGAGACUUACUCCCAGCUAAGUGGAGUUAGAAUUGCAUCCUAAAUCUGGAGUAGAAAAUGCCCUACAGAAUUCAUAUGGCAGAAUCGGGACUAAGAAGAAUACAAUAUGAAGGACCACUUCAUAGAUGCAUUUGUUACUCAGGAACCAAUUUCUACUUACAAAAUGUAUGUAUGCAGGAUCAGUUAUGAAGGGUGCCCAUAUAUUAAAAAUGACAUAUUUUCCCUUCAAAAUAAUCCAUGCAGGACCCUUACCAGAUUCUUUCUUUUCUGAAGCUGUGGACACAUUACUAUUUACUUGGGCUCCAGUGUGCUCCCACUGCUGGUGUUUGGAGCCAGGUAUAUAUAAUGUUAGCCUCAGCCCUUACUUAUCCUGUAGUUUCUUGAGAAAUGCUGCUGCUUGAUGGGGUUUCUCUCAAACCAAUUUCCAUCUGAUUUGAAAACAUAAGCUGCGGUGAAGCUGAAGUGUUACACUGGAGACAGCUGUUGUGCAUGCAGAGAUGACAGUUUCUUUGAAUAGGAGUUCAGAGUUGCUUUGCUACCUGAUUCACCUGGGUCUGUGCAGUUAAUGGUGCUCCUGGAUGUAGAUGAGAAGGAGUUUUUAGAUCUCGGGAUGAGACUGAAUAAGUUUUCUGAAUCUAUGGAUUCGUUGGACAAAUUUUGUUUGUUGCCCACAUUGGAUUAUUUAUGUAUUGCUGUUUUAAUGUUUCAUAUUAAUUGUCUUUGUUGUGUUUUAUUAUUUUCUCUUGCUCACCACUUUGGAUACUUUUAAAAAUAUAAAGUGGUAUAUAAAUAUUUCAAAAUGAAUAAAUAAAAUGGCCCUGGUUUCUAACUACUGAUGCUACCAGUCAACACAUUUUCAGUUCUUUGAGCAGUGGAUUUGCUUCUUGGAUUCUUGGCGGUCCACAGUUAAACUAUGGAGGCUUUGAUGGCUACCAACAUAGAUGGCUUUAAAAGCGGAUUGGAAAAAUUAAUGGAAGAUAAAGCUAUCUAGAUGGCUACUAGCCAUGUUGGCUGUGCUCUGCCUCCACAGCUGGAAGCAGUAAUACUUCUGGGUACCAGUUCCUGGAAACCACCGGAGGGCAGAGUGCUCUUGUGCUCAGAUCCUGCUUGCAGCUUUCCCAUAGGCAUCUGGUUGGCCACUGUGAGAGGAGGAUGCUGGACUGGAUGGAUCAUUGGCGUAAUCCAGCAGGCUCCUUGGAAUGUCUUAUGUUCCCUGCCACUUGGCCUGGGUGGCAGUCCCACAAAUGCGUGGGAGUGAACUUUGUUGUUUGAGGACUAUUCAAGAGUGGCCAACUACAUCAUACCAAGGCUAGGUCCAAAUAGGAAAAAUGUGGUUACAUCAUUUGUAUUUGGUGAGAGGCCAAAUUUGUAUUUUGUUGGAUUUGGUUCGUUCAUAUUAGAUCCCUUCUCUGUGGCACUGCUAGUACACAGGUUCCUAAUUCCUCGUGUUCGAGAGCUGACUUCCUAGGAAUAGGAGACUCUGCCAAUUUCAGUUUCUUUCAGUUUCCGAUUUUUCCAAUUUUAAGUUCUGUUCUCCACAUUUCCACAUCAGUUUACAAUUAAAAAAACCCUCAAGAAAAUUAAUCAAGAGUUUUGGGCAAAUUUCUCCUAAUAUAGACAUUUUUGUACACAAUUUUUCUUAAUAUACACAUUUUUGAAAAGCAAAUGCACCUAAUAUAAUGCAUUUUUGCAUUUCCCCCCUCACUGUUAUAUGCAUCUUUGUUCACAUUACUUGGCUGAAGAACUCACAGUUUGCCACAUCUUGUAGAAGUGCAAAUUCCAGAUGGCUGGGCUUUGCUUUACAUAUUGUUUCAUAAAGUGUGGAUUAGGUAACCUUGCUUUUAAAUGUGAACAAAUUCCCCUCCCCUGUCCCAUGUGUAAUUACCAUUAAUGUAAGGGUGUGAUUGCAAAGGGACAUUCUUCUGGGAUUGCAUAUUCUCAUCAAUGGCUGAUAGUCCUUAUGGCUAUAACUUACCUCUGGGAUCAUACAUGCCUCUGUAUGCCAGUCACAGGAGCAACAACAGCAGGAGCAAGUCAUGUCCUUCUUGUGGGCUUCCCACCAGCAUCUGGUCAGCCACUGUGGGAAGCUGGAUGCUGAACAGGAUUGGCCUUUGGUCUAAUCCAGCAGGGAGGCCUCUUCUUCUGUUCUUCUGCUUUGAUCCCUGCUCUCCACAUCUGCAUGACAGAUGUAGAAAACUGCAGCAUGCCUUAGUCUGCAUCAUACCUGCUAUGAAAGUACAGAACUGGAAGGAACAGAGCCUUCCAUGCAACUGUGCCCUAAGGAAAUUUCAGAUGAAGCUGCAGAGGAAAAUGUUGACUACGUCUCAUUUCUGUGAUAAGUACUGGGGAGUACACAGCCGUCUGCCUGCCAAAACAAAGGGUCUGAGAUAGGAACAAGCAACACAGUGAUCCUUUCUUCCUCCUGGAACAUAUAAUGCAAAGCCAUUGCUGGCUGCUUUUUUCACUUAAAAGACAACAAUGCAAAGCAGACACAACAGAGAGUUGAAUAAUAUUUUACCAAGUUGCUGAAUAUCAGGGGGCGGGCUGCAUUAUAUCAGCCAAUCCCCUUUCUUGGUUUGCUUCUGCCUGCCCUUGAUUACUGCUGCCGAUUGACAGAGAGCUGUGUUGAGCAGUAUACAGCUGUAUACGACCUCUGAAGCCAUGAUGAUCUCUGCUGAAGGCGGAGUGUUUUGCCUAACCUCUCUGCCUUUGAAGUGAAUUCCCAUCUGCUAGCACAGAAAGGAAAUAUUGUGUGAGGUGUGGGCUGCUCUUAUUGAUCUGCAAGCUGUGCAGAGGUUCUGCAAUUGCUGAGGUCAGGUUGGAGCAUAAAUCCUUUCUAUCUCUCAAAGCUCCCCAAAUGUAUUGGAAUUAAGUAUAAAAUGGAGACCUGAGCUAGUGGAGCUGGGCUAAAGUCCACUUAAGCAUGCAUGCUGGCAUACUGGGUGCCUUAGCUGCUGGACCCAGGUUGUCUCUGCUUUUUUAGAGCAGAGAACCAUUGGUCGCUGAAAUGUAUGUGAAACAAUUGUGGUUGACAAUAUUAUUUUAAAAGUGGGACUUGCAGCAAAAUGUUGCAGUGUAGAGUGCUCCUGUUUAGGAUUCCAACCUGUCAACCAUACCUUCAUCCACAGUUCCACACCAUAAUUUUCCAUUUCCCUCCCAACAAACACUAAACAAGCUAUGGCCAUUAAACAUCCUCAGACUUUACUGGACUCUGUCUGGUGUAUGUACGUGUGUGUGUGUGUGUGUGUGUGUGUGUGUGUAGGAGAGAAGAGUUAAGAACACAAGAUUCCUGCUGUAUAAGAUGAAAGAGCCAUCUGGCCCAGCAUCCUGUUCUCACAGUAGCUAACCAGAUGCCUAUGUGAAGACCACAAGCAGGACAUGAGCACAACAGCAUUUUCCUCAGUUUUACUUCCCAGUGACUGGUAUUCAGAGGCAUAUUACCUCUGAUAAUGGAGAUAGUGGUUACUAGCCAUCAUGACUAUGUACUAACAGUCUUAUCCUCCAUUUAAUUGUCCAGUCUUUUUAAGUCAUCCAAGUUGGUGGCCAUUACUACAUUUUGUGGGACCCAAUUCCAUACUUUAGCUGUGUGCUGUUCUUCCUUUUGUCAGCUGUAAAUCUUUCAACAUUUGGCUCUAUUGGGAGACCCCAGAUUCUAGCAUUAUGAGAGGAGAAGGCCUAAAAAUUCCUCUAUCCACUAUCUGCACACCAUGCAUAAUUCCAUGCACCUCUGUCAUGUCCUCUUUUUUUCCUACACCAGGCUCUGCAAUUUUCCACAUAGGUGAGUUCAAUUUUGUUGCUCUUUUCUGAAACAUUUCCAGCUCUGCAAUACGCCCUUUUUGCGGCGCAGAUAUCAGAACUGAACAGAGCAUUCCAAGUGCCUCUUCUCACCCUGGCAUUUUCCAUGUGUGGCAAAGCUUGAAAAGAAAUUUUAAUUUCUGCAGACAGGUUAAGAAAGCUUGGAGCUAUUGGUGAUCUCUUGGCCAAUGUGAUUAGGUCAAGAUCACAAAAUAUUCCGUUCAGCAACACCUCUCCCAGCCACUCACAUGGGGUGGUGCUGAGUAUGCAUGGCAGGAGGAGCACCAUGCUGACUUUAAGAAGCACUUUGGAACACCUGAUCGUUUGUGAGGUGCUGACUUGCUGCUAUGUUCUUGCAGCCUAAGGGCAAAGAUAUUCACAAAGUUUUAGAGCAGUAACACUGGGUUCAUCACUUAGAGUGCAAGCCUCAUGUUGCAGCAUAGACUUUGUGCACAUGACAAUUUAUUCUAGAAUCAAUGGAUCAAUAGAUCUAUUCAGACAUUUUGGCACCUGAAGUAGACCCCAAAAUUGUGCCCCACUCCUCGCCAGGGAAGAAGGGGUGAGGAAAGGUUUAUAUCAAGAAUAAGGGGUGAAGGAAGAUUGAUGUUGCGAUCUGCUGUCCCUGGGAAUCCUGCCACCUGAGGCAGUCAUCUCUCCUUGCCUCAUGGGUGGGCUGGCCCCGGAUCUAUUGCAUAUUUGUUGCCCCUGAAAAGUGCUUCUUGCUCUAAAUAUGUUGUUUGUCUUCAACCACUUGUACAGCAGGUCUUCACAACAUUUACAGGAGGUGGUAAAUGGGCAACUUCUGAGGGAGAACUCUUUAGUCCUUCAGCAGAUGGCAAAGGCAAAGCGCUGCCCUGGAAUAAUGGGUGAGAUGCUGUUGAGAAGUACUCUUUCCACCACCAGAGAGGCAUCCUUCAUUCAAUUAGAGUUGUCAGCUGUCUUAAUUUUGCCACGGCAGUCGUGAAAAAAGAAACAUUGCUUUCAGGACAAGCAGAUGUCUUGAAUUUGUAAGGUAUGUACGUAAAAGGAAAUAAACAGUGUUUGAACUGUUCAGAAAUACAAAUUCUAUCUUCUACACAAUCCUCUCACAUCUGCCCCCUAUCCCACUAGCACACAUGGCUUAUGACUGAAUUGCUAUGAUGUCUUGCUCAAAAAAACCCUCCAGGCACUUUGAAGAGGUCAGGAGGCAUUUUCUUGAGUUGGCCAGUGAGAUUUUUUUAUUUCCCUAGGUGAUUUAAAAAACCCAUCCCUAAAACAAACUCAUUGAUUUUUUGUUGAUGUUGAGGAUCAUUUUUUUUUUACAGGUUGUUCUUUAGUCGUUUAGUCGUGUCCAACUCUUCGUGACCCCAUGGACCAGAGCACACCAGGCACUCCUGUCUUCAUUUUAUUAUUAUAUUUUAAAUAACCUUUAGGACUGGUGUUUGGCAUUAGUACUCUUAUUGUGGUUAUGUAUGCCUAACUCAACCCCACUCCUUGGCCUAAGUGUAACAGAACUGACCAAUUGGCUGGGGAGAGGGCAACCUUGGUCUGGAUUAGAGAGAAAGCUCCCCUUGGAAAGACUACCUGCAAAUUGUGUAUCUAGUCCAGAAUUGCCAAAUCAACAUUCCCAGCCUCACUAUGGGCUUGUAGUGUUCUAAAGCAAAAUCUGCACAUUAUGUUCUGUUGGGCAACGAUGCUGUUCUUGGGAUACUGCACCAUCCUUGAAAUUGGCAGGCAUCUGGCAGCUCUCCUUUCCUCACUUUGUUCUCAAAUCCCUCUGUGAGCCCCGCUACCUUCUGCCAAUUUCACAAGCUGACAGAGAGAGUGAGAGAGAGUUUGCAAACGGCUGAACGUUGCCCUCACUGACCAUCAUUUUCUUCUGCCUCGCUUGCUGCUUUUGAGGACAAAAUUGAUUGUGGCAUUAAUUGGUUGCUCAAAUUCAUUGAACAGACACCUAAUUGUGCUGGAGGACUGAUACUGACACCAUUCGAGAGGCCGCUGCCCUCAUUCCCUUUUGCUCACUUUUUAUGCCUGAACGGAGGGAGACCCUGCAAUCAUUUGGGCAAGUUGCAGAGGAAAUACAGGCUCAUAUAUCUACCUGCUGGUUUGGAGCCAGUGGCAAAUCCUUCUAAGUGUAGCCUUCCCUAAGCCAUGACCCCUCUUCACCUACACUGAUCUCCCCCAUGUUGCUGCUAAUAAUUGUGUGGCCUUCAAGGAGCUCUUUCCAUCCAAACAAUAAUUUGGGCUCUCAGGAAAUUAGCUUUCCCAGUUUCUCUGUUCAACCAUGAACUCUUAAGGGCCGCACUACACAUGAUAAUAUGCAUUAGCUUUUUAGUGCAGGUGUUCAAAAUGCAUUGUAUUGGCUGGGGCUCAUAAUUAAGGGUAUCAGCACAGGUGUGUAGAGAGAGAAUUUAACCCUUUUCUCCAUUGCUGUAGUCCUGAGGAAUACCGUUCCUCCGAAGCUGGUGUUUGCUUCGGCAGGAGGGAGAGGGAGAAAAUUCCCCAUUGGCACAUUUAACAUCACUUCUUGUUUGGUCCUGAAUGGAUGUCAUGACUGUAUUGGCCCAUCCUGCUAGCUGAAUUGGGGAGCAUCAAGAUUCCAUCCCAUCGUUCAUAUCUGUUGUCAUAGGCAUCCAAGAAAAGAGAGCAUGACAUCAUAG